AUGGCCGACCGUCGAAUUCAUGUGCUAGUCGUGUCAAUAACCGUUCUCGUACUUGCCAGCAUUUUUGUGGGACUGUAUCUGAUCUCCUGCAUCUUCGUGGUUAGAAGACUAAAACUGCCCGAUUACUUGAUGCUUCUUGCAUGGAUAAUUGAUUUUGCCUUUGUAUUCUCACUCCUCUACGCAGUCGGAAAGGACUUUGGGCUUCAUGAACAUGACAUCAAACCAGGAAAUGAAGUCCCCGUCAACAAGUCCCUCUAUGUGUUUAACAUCCUUUAUAAAGUGUUUUAUAGGGCAAAUUAUGUUCUUCUUUUCAUAAUAAUUGCGGUGGGCGUGGCCUUAACAAUACUCCAGAUCUUUCAUUUUCAUUUGGAGCAGACUAACAAAGAUUGCACAAACAUUAUUUUAGCAUCUCUUUCCUCUUCGCCUUACAAUAUAGCCACUGAUAUAGCCAUUCUUUUCAUGCCAAUUCCUCUUUUGACUCGAAUUCAUCUGCCAUUCAGGCAGCGAGUGAUCUUGGUGGUCACCUUUGGCGCCGGUAUCUUAGUGAUAUUGAUAGAUGUUGUCCGGAUUGCUUUCUUUCCAAAUACGGCUAAAACUCAACUGCAAGUACUCAACUCAUAUUACACAGAAGAUAUUACAAACCAAGAUUAUACCUGGUAUGCCGCAUAUACGCUUAUGUUGUCUGUUUUAGAAGUGAAUAUGACGAUAAUCUGCGCUUGUAUUCCUAGCCUAAGGCCUCUUGCCACUAGAUUCAGCCCGUUUCUUAUCCAUAACCCCCAACAAGUCGCGUCCAGACACGCUGGCAGAAAGUCUACACUGCAAGGUGCAGAUGGAAGUGAUAGCAAGGAGGAAGAGGCCCCUAGUGAGAUGAUACACGUCUUAACUAGCAGCCAAGAAAAGGAGAAAGAGACAAGAGACACUCGCAAUCGAUAUCCACAAAUCAAAUUGCUCAAUCUCUUGAAUCUGAGACCGACAAGGAUGCUGAGGUUGAAUGCCAAGCAAUCAAUUCCUCCUAAUAUCCUGGUCACUAUAUUGAUCUUCAUAUGGAGAACGGCGUUUGGUUUUCUUGAGGUUCUUAGUCUGAGAAUAGGGCUUGUGCACCUUGGUCCAUGGCGAACAUAUACCCUCGAGGGUGCAUAUUGGCUAGGAUAUCUUCUUGGUCCACUUCCAAGAUUAGGCUUCACAGCUGCAUUCAUGUCAGGCCUUUAUAUUUAUGCUUUGGGGACUUUUCUCUUUUGGCUGUCUGCUGUCUUAGUAUCAUUUCCGAUCUUUUUCGCGUCAAACCUGAUUAUUGGUUCUGGGCUUGGUAUCUUAGAGAUGACAGCUAAACUAUUUAUUGCAAUAUGUGGUCCACUCGAGUAUGCUGAGGUCCGGCUUUGUACCUCACAGGGUUUUCAGGGCCUUGGAAGUUUAUUUGCACGAUUGCUUGCCGGCAAACUCUUGCUUCCGCGAGUGGGCCAGAUUAGUGAAGUGAUAAGCAUACAGUGGACAUUCCUUGGGAUUACCUUUUUGGUUAUGCUGCUUGUUGCUGUUUUCUAUUAUCUGCCAGUGCCUGAGGCUCUGGAUCAGGAUCUUCAGGAGCUAGCUCGGCGGCGUGGAGCGGUAAAUAAAGCCAAGGUACUUGGAGUCCCUGUGAUUUAUGUGACGAUUAUAUUAGGCGUGUGGUCCCAAUUUUUUCAAGAAGCAGGGCAAGAGGUACAUGCCUCUAAACUCACCGAUGUUGAUAUUGAUUCUAUUGGCUCCACAGUAUGGAUCUUUGCUCGCUUUUUGGCAGCCUUCAUCAUAUGGAUGGGUUUGAAGCCACGAUGGGUGCUCAUUUUUUCCUUUACUGCCAGCAUCAUUGUCUCUGUUGUCUGCUUGAAGACAACUGGUGUGACAUCGAUCGCUAUGGCUAUUCUGUUUUGGUUCACAGCUGCCCCAGCCUUCCCGAUUAUUUAUGCAAUGUCGAUGCGUGGAAUGGGAGUACAUACCAAGACUGCAUCAGCCUUCAUGGCAGCUUCUCUUAGUAAUGGGUUCAUGGCCUUCCUCGCUCGAUAUGCAGUUAAAGCGGCUAUUGGUGAACCCAAUUCGUACAUUAUUGUUGCGGCUUUCUGGGGUACCGCGGCAAUCUUUCCUAUAUAUCUGAACCUGGUGCCAGCCGCCAAGAGACAGGUUGAUCCGAUCAAAAACGAAUACCUGAUGGACUAUGACAGCAUUUCUGAAGAGAGUAGACGACUAUCUCCCAAUAUUUAA